AAGCAAACGAGAGGAGAAAGUGGAAGCAAGUGAAUGUCAGUGAAAAGAGGCAGUCUGACUGCACAGAAAAGGCGCUCGGCAAACAGCGCGCACUCAUCGAGUCAGUUAUAUUCUGAACACAGAGAGCUGGUGUAUUUAAGCUCAAGAAAACAGUUUUCAGUGCAGAGAGACAGCACAGAGACAGACAGAAACAGAGGAAGUGGUGAGAAGAAAAUAGGAGAAGAGUGGAGAGGUUCUUCGUGGAGAGAUGGACUCAGAUUCUGGGGAUCAGAGUGAAGGAGAGAUCUCUCCAGGGCAAGAGAGCUUCAACUCCAAGAGUUUGGCCCUUCAGGCCCAAAAGAAGAUCUUAAGUAAAAUGGCCACCAUGGCCGUGGCAAACCUUCUAACAGACGAUACCAGCAGCGAGAUUCUGGACGAACUCUACAAGGCCAGUCGUGAAUACACCAAGAGCAAGAAAAAAGCCCACAAGAUCAUCAAAGAUGUCAUCAAGAUCGCCCUGAAGAUUGGCAUUCUCUAUCGAAACCACCAGUUCAGUCCUGACGAGAUGGAGACAGUCGAACGCUUCAAAAAGAAGAUGAACCAGGCGGCCAUGACAGUGGUGAGCUUUUACGAGGUGGAGUACACCUUCGACCGUGGCAUUCUUUCUGAGCUGCUGAUGGAAUGUAGGGACCUUCUCCAUGAGCUGGUGGAGCAGCACUUGACCAUGCGCUCCCACGCGCGGAUCGACCACGUUUUCAACCAUUUCGCAGAUGUGGAUUUCCUGACCGAGCUGUACGGCCCGUCUGAAGAGUACAGACUUAACCUGAGGAAGAUUUGUGAUGGGAUAAACAAAUUCCUAGAUGAGGGCACACUUUAACCUCCAGCUCACAGUUAGUCGGAUGAGACUCCAGCAGGCUACUGGGAACUGAACUGCAGGAUUUUACGCAACUUGUGUUCUUUGGUUUUUGUUUGAAAUUCAGGCAGUCGUGAUAACUUGAUGAUGUGAUUGUUACCCAACCUGUAGGGAUCGGAGUAUGUGAGCAGAGUGGAGCGGCAACAAUUUCUUCUCCGCGCUCCUAGCAUUCAAUAAUCACUCCUCUCCAGCUCCGCUUUGGGUUCAUCAUUUCCUGCUCCUUGCUCAACUGAUCAGAAACACCGCUCCGCCUUCGCUCCAUGACGAAAUUGGUGGCUAAAAUACUUCAGAAGCCUAUGUUUUGAAAUAUCUCAAAGUUCUG